ACCUCGCCAGUUCCACUUUUCGUUUGAGACCUUGUGUUUAUUGGAUUUGGCCGCUUGUGAAACUAUGUAGGCACCAUGGUUCUUUUCGAGGGCGCCGCUCGUAAGCCGCACUGUGGAGCGCCAUGGCAAACUGGGAGCGAAACAAGAGGAUCUUACUGGAGCUGCUGAAGCUGCCCGAGAACAGACUUUGUGCAGAUUGCGGCGUGCCCGAUCCCGACUGGGCGUCUUACAAGUUGGGCUUGUUUAUCUGUCUGAACUGUUCCGGUAUCCACCGUAAUCUGUCCAGUCGGGUAAAGUCCAUAAAGCUUGACUACUGGGAAGAUGCGCUUGUAGAGUUGAUGAAAUCCAGCGGCAAUGCUCGAGCCAGAGCUUUGUAUGAAAAAGCACUUCCUCCUUACUACUACCGGCCACAGCAGACUGACUGUGCAGUGUUAAGAGAGCAGUGGAUACGAGCCAAAUAUGAAAGACUGGAAUUCACAGGCGAGACCAAGUAUCCACCUCCGUCUUAUAGCACAGGCUUCUAUGAAGGCAUGCUAUGGAAGAAAGGCAAGGAGAACACACAGUUUCUCAAAAGAAAGUUUGUCUUGUCUGAGAGGGAAUUCACGCUGGCUUACUACAACAAGGACAAUGAGUCCAAAGGUCCAAAAGCGCUCAUUUCUAUCAAGCACUUGAAUGUAACAUUUCAGCCAGAGAAGAUUGGUCAUCCCCAUGGGAUGCAGAUUACUUACCUGGACAACGACCACACCAGGAGCCUUUUUGUGUAUCAUGAAAGUCCUGAGGAAAUAGUCACAUGGUACAACGCCCUUCGUGCCGCUCGCUAUGCAUACCUAAAGACGGCGUACCCGACCGGGACAGACGCCGACCUGGUACCAAAUAUAACACCAAACUACCUUAAAGAGGGAUAUAUGGAAAAAACAGGGCCGUCGCAAAAGGAACCAUUCAAAAAGAGGUGGUUCAUUUUGGAUUCCCAAAACAGGAAGUUGCUCUACUUCAAAGGCUGUUUGGAUGCUGAGGAGCUGGGGGUCAUCUUCCUUGGCACAGAACGCGACAGCUACUCUGUUAGGGAUUGUGUCCCAAAGCACACCCGUGGAAACAAGUGGAAGUUCGGCCUCAUGGUGGAAACACCCGAACGGCAAUUUGUCUUCAUGUGCGAGCGUGAGAGUGAGCAAAGAGAGUGGCUGGACUCACUCAGACAGGUCAUGUCCAGGCCUAUGACACCACAGGAUUAUACUACUGAAACCAACAUCAGGAAUAAGCGAUGAAAAUUGGAAAGCAGGAUUUGAAUGACACAGCAACAACAUCUGAAUGCUCAUCUGCAGUGUGCCAUGAAAUGACUUUGUUACUGUUGAAAUGACAAUUGGAAUCGUUUUUAUUGAGGACUUACAUUUAUUUUGGACUAUAUACAUAUACCUCUGACAGUCAAUUUUUCCAACUAUUUCCUUAUUUUGUAGCUCAGAGUCAUUUUGUAUCGUCAUGGCUGCACUGUAGCCUUUGCGAAGCAUUUGCAGUUCACCUUUGUGACACCUGGGGGCAGCAUUCCACGUUUUAUAACACCAAAUGAAGUUUGUCCGUUUAUGACUCGCCGUCUUUGCCGCCGGUUAGUGGAGGUCAGGCGUGCGAAAUACUAUGGGACCGCCGAAAACGUGAAUUCCAUUCAGAAAUCGUGGCGCAUAGCAGUCGGCUAUUUUAAAAAUGCAAUAGCACUGAGCUCACAAAGUGUCCUCUGUUCCGUAACGUGUGAAGAAUUUGAAGAGCGACACCAAAAAGCCACCGUCCGUUUUGUCCUACAAAGGCAGGCAGGCAGGCAGGCAGGCAGGCAGGCGCCCAGUUUGACAGUAGUGGCUGGCUGGGCCUGACGUAAGAGCAACUACCGAAGAAGUGACAGCCAACGAGGGGACUUCAUGAA